AUGCCGAAUACUUCUCUUACUCCUCCUGAACUAGAAUUGAAGGUGUACUGUGAAGACGAGGACUUCAGAGCGCAGGGGAAGCUGGAGCCUAACAGACGCUCUCAGACCUUGAUUUACCACCUACGCGAAGAGAAGUGGUGGAUCAAAGUCACAUUGAAAGGAUCCAUCUCUUUUUUUUCUUGCAGUACCCAGCCAGGGCACAUCAGAUCAAAACGCGAACGACGAAAUGAGUUUCAGGACUUUAUCACAAUGAUCAAUUUUCAAUCACUGGUUCUUUUGGAUGACACCGUGACUGAACUUAUUCUGAAUGAAGAUGCAGAGACAGCCAAUGCUACUUACAUGUAUCUCGAGCUAAAAGAUACCAAUGAGCCUAAAAGUCUCUUCAAAAAUAUACGAUACUCUAUUCGGGAGGAUCCUUUGCGCGAGAUCGAAGUAGCCGACGGCGUGUUCCGUGUUUUCCAUAAAGGCGAUGAAACGCCAUAUAUUCUGAAGGUGGUCAAUCGUCCAUUCUACCAUCCACGAGAUACGGAGGUUAUCCAAGAAGAGUUGGAGAACCUUGAGCAUUUUAGAGGUGUAAGAGGCCUAGUUCAGCCUGCUGGCAUUGCAGUAUUCAGCAACCCAUACGCAACCUCCCAGGAAGGGAAUCAACAUAUGGUCAUUAAAGGUAUCCUGUUAGAGUAUUAUAGCGGUGGCUCCCUACAAUGUGUCCUGGAAGAACAGCGUGUCACUGAUUUCGGCUGGGAACGUUGGGCUGUUCAAAUUGGGAAUGCUUUGGAUACUAUUCAUCGCGUGAAGAAAACUCAGAUGGACUUGAAGCCAUCAAAUAUUUUUCUAGACAAAGAUGGCAAUGCGGUUCUCAUUGGUAUUAGCGGCAUCGGUGGAAUAACGCAUAAAUGGCAGGCUCCAGAAAUACGGGAUGAAAUAUCACCUUUGAUCUUCCAUUUCAAACACGCCGAUUGA